CCGGCGGAGCCGAGGGUGCGAGCGGCGAGGGCGGGAGCGGGCUGCGGGAGGCUGCUCGCGCCGGGAGCGCCGGGACAGAUGGGGAAACCAAGGCAUGGAAGUUAACCAACUCGUCCAAAGUCACACAGAUGCGCAUGGUUUGGGAGUUACACUUUGUGACAUGGAUGAAACUGCACUGACCCUUGGCGCCAUAGAUGUUUCUUAUUUGCCAAAUUCAUCUGAAUACAGUAUUGGUCGAUGUAAGCAUGCAAGCGAGGAAUGGGGUGAGUGUGGUUUCAGACCAACUGUCUUCAGAUCUGCAACCUUGAAGUGGAAAGAAAGCCUAAUGAGCCGGAAAAGGCCCUUUGUAGGAAGAUGUUGUUAUUCCUGUACUCCCCAGAGCUGGGAUAAAUUUUUCAACCCCAGUAUCCCAUCUUUGGGUUUGCGGAAUGUUAUUUAUAUCAAUGAAACUCACACAAGGCAUCGAGGAUGGCUGGCAAGACGUCUUUCUUACGUGCUUUUCGUUCAAGAGCGAGAUGUCCAUAAAGGCAUGUUUGCCACCAACGUGACUGAAAACGUACUGAACAGCAGUCGGGUACAAGAGGCAAUUGCAGAAGUGGCUGCUGAAUUAAACCCUGAUGGUUCUGCUCAGCAGCAAUCAAAAGCUGUCAAUAAAGUGAAAAAGAAAGCCAGAAAGAUCCUUCAAGAAAUGGUUGCCACUGUCUCACCGGCACUGAUCAGACUGACCGGAUGGGUGCUGCUAAAACUGUUCAACAGCUUCUUUUGGAAUAUUCAAAUUCACAAGGGUCAACUUGAGAUGGUUAAAGCUGCAACUGAGAUGAAUUUGCCGCUUAUAUUUCUUCCAGUUCAUAGAUCACAUAUUGACUAUCUCCUGCUCACUUUCAUUCUCUUCUGCCAUAACAUCAAAGCGCCAUACAUUGCUUCAGGAAAUAAUCUCAACAUCCCCAUCUUCAGUACCCUGAUCCAUAAGCUUGGGGGCUUUUUCAUACGACGGAGGCUAGAUGAGACGCCAGAUGGACGGAAAGAUAUUCUCUAUAGAGCUUUGCUCCAUGGGCAUAUAGUUGAACUACUUCGACAGCAGCAGUUCUUGGAGAUUUUUCUGGAAGGCACACGCUCUAGGAGUGGAAAAAUCUCCUGUGCUCGGGCAGGACUUUUGUCAGUUGUAGUAGAUACUCUGUCUACCAAUACCAUCCCAGACAUCUUGAUAAUACCUGUUGGGAUCUCCUACGAUCGUAUUAUUGAGGGUCAUUACAAUGGCGAACAACUGGGAAAACCUAAGAAGAACGAGAGCCUCUGGAGCGUAGCAAGAGGCGUUAUCAGAAUGUUACGAAAAAACUAUGGAUGUGUCAGAGUGGAUUUUGCACAACCAUUUUCCUUAAAGGAAUAUUUAGAAAGCCAAAGUCAGAAACCUGUUUCUUCUCCACUUUCUCUGGAGCAAGCGUUGUUACCAGCUAUACUUCCUUCAAGACCCAGUGAUGCUGCUGCUGAAGGUACAGACACGUCCAUUAACGAGUCCAGAAAUGCAACAGAUGAAUCCUUCCGAAGAAGAUUGAUUGCAAAUCUGGCUGAGCACAUUCUCUUCACCGCUAGCAAGUCCUGUGCCAUUAUGUCAACACACAUCGUGGCCUGCCUGCUCCUCUACAGACACAGGCAGGGAAUUGAUCUCUCCACGUUGGUGGAGGACUUCUUUGUGAUGAAGGAGGAAGUCCUGGCUCGCGAUUUUGACCUGGGUUUCUCAGGAAAUUCAGAAGAUGUAGUCAUGCAUGCCAUACAGCUGCUGGGAAAUUGCAUCACAAUCACACACACCAGCAGGAACGAUGAAUUUUUUAUUACUCCCAGCACAACUGUCCCAUCAGUCUUUGAACUCAACUUCUACAGCAAUGGGCUGCUUCACGUCUUUAUCAUGGAGGCCAUCAUAGCCUGCAGCCUUUACGCAGUUCUGAAGAAGAGGGGCCCGGGAGCGCCUGUGUCUGCCAGCUCGAUCAGCCAGGAACAGCUGGUGCGCAAGGCCGCCAGCCUGUGCUAUCUGCUCUCCAACGAAGGCACCAUCUCUCUUCCCUGCCAGACGUUUUACCAAAUUUGCCAUGAAACAGUAGGCAGGUUUAUCCAGUAUGGCAUUCUUAUAGUGGCGGAGCCAGACGAUCAGGAAGAUGGUAGUCCUGGUCUUGCUGAACAGCAGUGGGACAAGAAGCUUCCUGAACCUUUGUCUUGGAGGAGCGAUGAAGAGGACGAAGACAGCGAUUUUGGUGAGGAGCAGCGAGAUUGCUACCUGAAGGUGAGCCAGUCCAAGGAGCACCAGCAGUUCAUCACCUUCCUGCAGAGGCUCCUUGGGCCUUUGCUGGAGGCCUACAGCUCUGCUGCCAUCUUCAUGCACAACUUCAGUGGUCCUGUUCCAGAGCCUGAGUAUCUGCAAAAGCUGCACAGAUACCUAAUAACCAGGACAGAAAGAAGUGUGGCAGUGUAUGCUGAGAGUGCCACCUAUUGUCUUGUGAAGAAUGCUGUGAAAAUGUUUAAGGAUAUUGGGGUUUUCAAAGAGACCAAACAAAAGAGAGUGUCUGUUUUAGAACUCAGCAGCACUUUUCUACCUCAGUGCAACCGGCAAAAACUCCUGGAAUAUAUUCUGAGUUUCGUGGUGCUGUAGGUGACCCUGGCACGUCUGGCCAGUGACGAGUGUGGGGUGAGUCCCUCGUACGCUCCUGCCUGUGGCUCGAGAGUGGAAGGCGCCAUCGUGUGGUCGGGCCUGACCUGUCCUGACGUGACCUCCUGGAAGACAAGUGCCUUCUCCCCGCCGUGAUCUGUGAUCAUCGGACUCUGAGAUGACACAGCCGCCUACAGAUCACACUUUGGGGGCCCUCAGCCUCCGUUCACAGUUCAUAAUCAAUAGGUUACAAAAUGAAAUCGCAAACGAUUAUUUUGGAGUUUAUUAAAGAUUUACAUUUUAAGUAUAACUGUUAAGGACUAAUUACUGUGAUGGACACAAAAAUGUAGUUGAUUCUAGAACUGAAUCUUGUAUAGUAUACUUAAUGCUGUCAGGUAAUUCGUUGGCAUAUUUUCUGAUUAAUGGUUAAUGCUUCCUUUAAAAAUAAUUGCGUCAUCCA